AUGGAGAAUCUGCAGGCGUGGGCAGGCAUCAAAUUGGAGCUGAACGGGGAGGCGACAUCCGGUUUCCUGUCCGGAAAAUUCAAGACGCGGAAAGUCAGGAAGGAGAUGCAUGAGAUUAAGUUCAAGGGGCGAACCGACCCUAGGGCAAGGGAGGUGCUUACGGUGGCGACGCAGUUCUUCAAGGAGUCUUUCGGUGGCGUUGAUGACUCUGCUGACAGCGGGGAGCCAAAACCUCUAGAGCGUACCAUGGGGGAAGCCAACAGAGAAGCCCUCAAGGCGCCGUGGUCGGAGGAAGAGGUGCGGACGGUGGUUCGGGAGCUGGCCCCGAGGAUGGCGCAGGGGCAGGGUGGUCUUCCAAAGGAGCUGUUCGAGCACAACUGGGACCUCCUUGGCCUGUCGCUGAUGCAGUUGGAGCUAACAAGAUGCAAACUGGGUAUCGGCCAAAGGGACACGGGGAAGCUGACGUACCUAGGGUAUGCCGACGACACCUCGCUUCUUUUGCGGGGCGCGGAGCAGCUGUCGGUUGCGGCUGGUAUCCUGGAGGAUUUUGGCAAAAAGUCGGGUCUGAAGGUGAACCGAGAUAAGACGGCGGUGCUCCCCCUAGAGAAGAACAGAGGAAAACCGCCGGAAAAUUGGAUGGGGUGCACACUGAGUCUGCACAGGUAG